AUGGAGGAUGAGGACUCCGAGCCUCUGCUGUACGAACAGCUCGGGCUGUUCACGCCCAACGCGUCUGCUCUCUGUAACGACAGUUCUUCUUUUCCUCCCGACGACAACACCGAGUCCCAAGAAACCCAAGAGUCUGCCACAGCAGCAGCAGCAGCAGCAGCAGCAGGAGUAGUUACAGCGGCGGCGAUGAGCGAACCAGCCGGAGCAGCAACAACAGAAGCAGAAGCAGCAGCAACAGAAGCAGCAGCAGCAGCAGCAGCAGCAGCAGCAGGAGUGGUUACAGUGGCGGCGAUGGACGGACCAGCAGCAGGAGCAGCAGCAGAAGCAGCAGCAGAAGCAGCAGCAGUAGUUAUAGCGGCGGCGAUGCACGAACCAGCAGCAGCAGCAGCAGCAGGAGCUGGAACAAGAAGGGCGUAG